AUGGCCGCUCCCGGACCGAGCUCGAAGUGGGCCGUGGCCGCACCGCUCGACUCGCGCAAACGCACCAUACGUCCACCGACCUCCGACAGCUACGGGGACUGGACUCUGGAUCAACUCAAGCUUGUGUCAUGGGACUCAAACAGAGAAGCCGUUCAAGCUCUGGUUGUUCGUCAACGCAAGCGAUCCAAAGGGGUUAGUGAAGAAGAGGAGAGACGCAGCGCCGGCUGUAUGUUUCGGCUCAUUAACGUACUCUUCUCUGAUCGGUUUUUCGACUCGUUCCUGACGUCCGGAAAUUUGCUCCCGCGUGACGUCCUCGAUGACGGAGGCUCCACCUUUUGGUUUGAUGUGGCAAAUGCAUUUGCCUCAGAUACCACUGAGUACGACACAUUGAUCUCGGGCGACGCUGUUUUGAAGACAUCGACACCUCCUCGCACAUGGCACAUUCGACAGCCAAGUUGA